CUCAUCUGCUUUCAUUCAUUUGCCCCAGCUCUCACUCUACAUUUACAUUGCUAAAGAUGUUGGUAAAGGUGAUUUUCAAACAGGCUAGUCAAAGGGUGAAGAGGCACUGAGACAGAGAAAUCUUCGAUCUUCAUCUCAGCCCCUUUCUCAUUAGGUAAAACUUCUUUCUGAUGAGGCAGCCAGUAAGUACCAUUUUGUAACACCACUAUUAGGGGUCAAUAUGACAGUGUUGGCUUGAAAAAUACAUUCUCUCUUUUUUUUUCCCUCAAGAGAUUUAAAGAGUUUUAGUCCUGUAUUCCUGUUUACAGGUAGCACUGGGCUUUUUCUAUACUAAGAUUCUUUCUAUUUUGCAGUAAUAUUGCUUCAUUUAGAAAGCAAGCAAUUAGUUUAAAAGAGGGGAGGAAAGUUGUCUGGUUAUAGAUCCCUGUGCUCAGUUAUGACUUUAACACACAAAUUCUCUCAUGUACCUAGAGUGGGAGAAAAGGCCCCUUAUGUAUACAUUAUUAUAUCCUUAAGAUAGACAUGGUAGGGUUUGGGGUUUUUUUCCAGUGACUGGGCUUCAAGCAAAAUUUUCCCAAGUUAUCAGUUCUGGAGUGCCUAGUACUGAUAGCACUGAAUUUCUGUACCAAAACUACUUCUGGCUUAGGACUGGACUGAGCUUCAUGAAGAGUAUGUGAGAUUGUAAAAAUCAAUAGCAGGAAGCCUGGUAUUAAAGCAAAAGGAUUUUUGCCUACUCAUGCUCCAUUGUUGGCUGUUUGUUUCCAGAAGGGCUGGGGAGUGCCACAUUCCUGAAACUGCAUAUAGGAAAAUCCCUACAGUAUUUAAAGUCUCAAAAGCAACUUGCACCUGCUGUCUACUGUAUUGAUGAACAUGCUUUAACCUUUCUGCUUCUGUGUGCAGAUUAGAUGCUGCUUUGCUGUCUAAAGUGUCUGAGUGUUUCCAGGGAUGCUGCAGUGGAUGUUCAGUGAUGCUCAUUAUGACUGUUAGUAUUUCAAGGCUCUUGCCUCCUGCUAACCCAACCUGGGUGUAACAAGCGUCCUGGAGAUUUAGAAAGGGCAGCAAGGUGGGUUACUAUGUGAAGAGUCUUCUUAAGUACCUGUCUUGUGUGUUACAGAGGGCAGCGUAAGCUCUGGAGGAGCAUCACUGCUGACUCCGGAGACUCAAAAGUGUGCUGAGCCCUGGCCUCUGCAGGGCUGCGAGACGAUGGCGCUGGGCUCAGGCCCCCAGGGCAUCGGGGUAAAACACACAGGGCGCCGAGCCCCAGUCCUGCCUCUCCAGCGGGUGGCCACACAUCCCGACAAAGCUUUCCUCCUCUUUUCUUCCUGAGCAACCUGUCAGCGUUAGCGCCUGGUUGUGAAUCAACCCAAGAAUGGAUAAAUCUAAGCAGCCUUACGUUAACCAGAAGACCAGCCUUGAGAAGUUCAGUCCUGAAAUUAUUUCUGAAAUUGAGAAGCUCUUUGCAAAGAAAUUUACUUACACUAAGCCAGUGAAUGGUGAAUGGAAGCUGCCAGAUCCCAGCAAUGCUUUUACAUGUGAUCACGUGGAAUUUCACUCACUCCUGGCUCUGAAGGACUCAAUGAACGAAGUGAAGAACCAACUAAGUGAUAAGAACCUCGAGGACUGGCAUCGGCACACCUCAUUUACCAAUAAAGCAGGGAAAAUAAUAUCUCAUGUGAAGAAGUCUGUAAAUGCUGAGCUCUGUACCCAAGCAUGGUGCAAAUUUCAUGAGAUCCUGUGCAGUUUUUCUCUUCUCCCAGAAGAAGCUCUUCAAGAUGGAGAACUCAAUUCUGUCCACCUCUGUGAAGCACCUGGAGCUUUUAUAGCCAGCCUUAACCACUUCUUGAAGUCCCACCAUGUCCCUUGCCACUGGAAUUGGGUGGCUAAUACUCUAAACCCUUAUCAUGAAGCCAAUGACACCCUUAUGAUGAUCAUGGAUGACCGUCUGAUAGCAAAUACGUUACCUUGGUGGUACUUUGGCCCAGAUAACACUGGGGAUGUGAUGACAUUAAGACAUCUAACAGGACUUCAGAGCUUUGUGAGCAGUAUGACCACAGUUCACUUGGUAACUGCUGAUGGCAGCUUUGACUGCCAGGGAAAUCCAGGCGAACAGGAAGCUCUCGUCUCACCCCUUCAUUACUGUGAAACAGUCACUGCUUUAAUGAUCCUGGGCACUGGAGGAUCCUUCAUUUUGAAGAUGUUCACUCUGUUUGAACACUGUUCUGUCAACCUGCUCUUUCUCCUAAACUGCUCUUUUGAGGAGGUCCAUGUCUUUAAACCAGCCACCAGCAAAGCUGGAAACUCAGAGGCCUAUGUGGUUUGUCUUCGCUAUAUGGGCAGAGAAAGCCUUCAUAUGCUUCUUCCUAAAAUGAUGCAGAACUUUGGAACUGAAAUUAUCAACAAAGCCCUUUUCUCCCAGCAUACACUACCAGAAUCAUUCCUUAAAAUACAUGAAGAGUGUUGCAUGUUCUUCCACAAGUUCCAGGUAGAGACUAUCUCUGAAAAUAUCAGUCUUUUUGAGCACAUGGAAGAAGCGGAGCAGAUGAAACUCAACAAGUUAAGAGACUGUGCAGUACAGUUCUUCAUGCAAAAGUUCCACAUGAAACCCAUUGGCAGAAGUAAUUGGCUUGUCAAGAAAUCCCAGGCUGGUUGCAGCAUGAGUGCAAAAUGGUUUGGGCAAAGAAACAAAUAUUUUAGUACAUACAAUGAAAGGAAGGUGAUGGAAACCCUGACAUGGAAUGAUAAAGUGGCAAAGGGAUAUUUUUAUCACUGGGCUGAGGAACACAGUUUAAAUAAUGCUGGGAACACGUGCAUCCUGGAAGGAUCAUUUUCAAACCUUGAAUGUAGCUUUUGGUACAUCUUGGAAGGAAAAAGAUUGCCAAGGGUAAAGUGUUCUCCAUUUUGUGAUGUUCAGGUCUUAGAAAGUCUUAAUGAGGCUGUGAAAGAGUUGGGUGGGGGGAGGCUGAAAGGCAAAUCAAUGCUGCCUUGUCACUCUUGUGAAGUUCUUCCUGGGGAACUCAUACUGGCAAAAGUGUUUGAUCUUUCCAGGUGCCAUCAGGAAGUCCUAAAUGAAAGUUGUAGUGACCAAUUCAAGUGCCUUGUAGUGGGCUUUCCCUCUCUCUGUGACACAGAAAGCCAGCCCAAUAUGGAAAUAAAGCCCGUGGACUCAGCCACGCUGCUGACUUUCACCUUCUCUUUGCUGUAUGAUGGAGAACCAAAGUACCAGCAGCAGCUUUUGGAGUGUGUUCUGCGUUCAUUGGCCCAGCUGGCAGCAGGAGAUGCGUUGGUUUUGCCUGUUCUCUCCUGCCUGACACGUUUCACAGCUGGCCUGGUGUUCAUCCUGCACUGCUGUUUCAGGAGCAUCGCGUUCGCGUGUCCGACCUCGCGGGAGCCCCUGAGGACCAGCGCCGCUUUGCUGUGCGUUGGGUACCAAGGCGUCCCCGCGCCCGUGGUGGAGUAUCUGCAGCAUCUGAAUGCACUGAUGAACUCUUUGCUGGACACAGACUCUCCCCAGCAGGUUCUGCAGUUCGUGCCCAUGGAGAUUCUCCUCCAGGGCAAGCUGUUGGAGUUUCUAGGGGAUUUAAACACAGCCAUUGCAAAGAGACAGCUCCACCUGAUUGUGCAGGCUCAGCAGCAGCAAAUGGCUAGUGACAUUCCACUUUAAAAUAAUUCUACAACUGUGUGAGUUGCUGCUGCUAGACCUUGUUUCAGGGGCAGGCAGAAGGUGUUAAAAACAUUGUUUAUGUGAAUGUAACAUUAAUGCAAAACUGGUGUGGCAUUGAAAGUGCUGGGAGGAUGUUUUGAGCUAUCAAUCCUAUUUGCACCAUAUUUUCUCUGUAGGAAAUAGGAGAAAAGAAAGCCAGACCUUGAUUUCUGGCCAGUGGGCUGGGUGUUUUAGGAUGCAGAAUAACAUGGAAUCCUUGAUUCAGUGGAAGCAAGGGCUGACAAGUGAGCAUAAGCCUCAGAGCCUCUUGCUAUCAUCCUUAAAAACUGUCUUUUGACAUCCCUUUAAUUUACAGUUAUUUUCAUUUUUAAUGGUGAUGUCGAGGAAAUCCUGUGUAAGUUGCCUUAUGAUUUUGUAUGGUAUGAAAUGGUGGUUAUAGGUACAUGUCCCCAUUUGCCAUUCUUAAACAAGAGCCUCUGAAUUUUCACCUCGUAGCCUUUGAAUAUCAGCCUCUACUUUAGCACUUCAGUGAGUGAGGACUGAGAUGAAAAUUUCCUUGCCAAAGCCUGAUAAUGGUUUCUCCAUCUCAUUCUUGCAGCUGUUUUGUGAAUGCCAUGCUGAUAUCUUGAGUUCCAAUUCUCUGCACUUCAGUCACUUGACAGAAGGAUCAAAUGGAGCUGUUUAUGCCAGAGAAGUGCUCAGCCUCUGGUUGUUCAUUGCUUACUCUUCAGGCAAUAAUUUGGAUUGCCAUCAAGCCCUCUCUUGUGACUUCUUAUGGGUCCAAAGCUGAGCUCAAUUCUCAAGAAUGAAAUUUGCUAAAAGAAUUAGCCAGUGGCUGUAGACACUUAGGCUUGUAACAAGCAGAACCUUUAAGAGACAUUUAAAAAUAGGAAACUUCCAUUAGCCACGAGAGGCUCAUAUAACAUGCAGUUGCUGGAAUUUGCUAGCCUUUCCAUGCUAAAAAUCCUUAAAACAACAGCUCUGAGGUAUUACCAUCUGAACAAACAGUUGUUUGAACAGUUCAUCAGUUGUGUGCUGCCUUUCUUGUGCACACAAGUGUGUUCAUGUUUGUGUGGGAGCCCUCAGGGUUACACAGCUGAAAAGCUUUUGUGUUGUAAUUAAUCAGUAUGUGCUUUUGGUGUGAAGGAUGCAUAUAUUUUUUGAAGUAGGAGAAAAGAUGUUGAUUUACAUGGCUGUUGUAUAUUUUCAUUUUAUCAACAAAUAUUGAAAGAGUUAAUAGACCUUUUUUAAAAAAAGGAAAACAAAUGUUGUUUGAAAAAAUAAAGCCUUUUAUUUUA